AUGUUCGCUCCGGACUGCAACUCAUACAACUGGCCCUCCCAUACCUGGACCAAUCAAACGGCACUAUUAUUACCACAUCCAGGUAAUUGGGUCCAAGGAUUAGAUCCUGGCUAUAUAUUGACCGAUGAGCUGGUACCAUUUAUAAACCCUGAUAGGCUUUCCCAGUUGAUUGAGUCCACUCCGCUUCACCGUAUUGGUCAGCCCCUGGAUGUUGCCAAAGGAGUGUCAUUCUUGGCCUCAAUUGAUGCUCAUUUUAUUACCGGCGCUAAUCUGGUGGGGUUUGAUGUAGGGAUCACCUUUACUUAA